AAACAUAUCAAAAUUAGAAAUAACUAGAAUGACAGCGACGGCAACUUCAUUAUUAUCAUUACGUUUUUUAUUCACAAAAAUUCCUUCGACUGCUUUGCAUCGUCACAACGUGUUUUGCAAACCGGCUUCUUCAUCUUCAGCAAAUUUUAUUAUAGAAAAUUUGAAUUCGUCAGCAAAUUUUCAACAACACAAACGGUCAGUGGCGACUACAGCAGUUUCAUUAAAUAGACAAAAUAAUUUUGAAAUAAAAAACAAUAAAAUGUCGGCCACACAGGAAUAUCAAACCAUCGAAAAGGGUGCACCCAAUUCCACCAACUAUAGCAUUUAUUUCAAAACUGCUUGCGGUAAAGGAGUCUCACCACUACACGAUAUCCCUUUGUAUGCCAAUGAAGAGAAGACCGUUUACAAUAUGGUGGUUGAAGUACCACGUUGGACCAACGCUAAAAUGGAAAUUAGUUUGAAUAAUCCUUUGAAUCCCAUUAAACAAGACGUGAAAAAGGGUAAAUUGCGCUUCGUAGCCAACUGUUUCCCACACAAGGGUUACAUUUGGAAUUAUGGUGCUUUCCCACAAACCUGGGAAAAUCCCGAUCACAUUGAACCCAGCACUGGUUGCAAGGGUGACAAUGAUCCCAUUGAUGUUUUGGAAAUUGGCUAUCGUGUAGCUAAACGCGGUGCAGUCGUACAGGUUAAGAUUUUGGGUACCAUUGCUUUGAUUGAUGAAGGUGAAACCGAUUGGAAAAUCAUUGCCAUCGAUGUUAAUGAUCCCUUGGCUGAGAAAAUGAAUGAUAUUACCGAUGUUGAUAAGUACUUCCCUGGUUUGUUGCGUGCUACCGUUGAAUGGUUCAAAAUCUAUAAGAUUCCCGAUGGCAAACCCGAAAAUCAAUUUGCCUUCAAUGGUGAUGCCAAGAAUGCUGCUUUUGCUACCAAUGUCGUAAGUGAAACUCACAAAUUCUGGCAGGGAUUGAUCAAUAAACAAUUGGAGGGUGGUUCUAUUUCUUGCCUUAAUACAACCGUUGCUGAUUCACCAUUCCUUACAAGUCAAGAAGAGGCUGAAACUGUUAUCUCCGGCGCCGCCGAAGGUGGUGAUGUCGAAGAAGUUUCUGACAUAGUUGAUAAAUGGCAUUUCAUUCACUUGAAGUGAAAACAAGCAGCUUUGAUAUUUUUACAAAAUGUUAAGAUUUUAUGGUUUAAAACGCAUUAAACAAAAUUUAAAUUAAAUUAUGAAUUAUAUUUAAAUUAAAUUACCCCUUUGCAACAUGAAAUACUUUAACAAAACAAAAAAUACACUUACAAAAAUAAGCACAGAAAAAAAUUAAAGGUUUUUAUUAUUUAAUAAAGUGAAAAUUAAUAAAUGGAAAA